GUCAGUGCAUGAAAUACAAUGUACAUAAGCAUAUUUCAUGCAUAUAUUCAAUGCAUGAAAUAUGCCUUGAAAAUAACAAGAGUAUUCUGGUCUUAACAGUGUAACAAUUAUUAUUAUUAUUUUUUAAAUAUAUAUCAUAUAUAGGCCUAUAUAAUAAUAAUGAUCUCAGCAUAUCUCUCUCUCCCUGUGCGUCUCUCUUUCUGUCCCUUUCUCUCGACACCCUCCCUCAUGUUAUUGCCGGUGAACGGGAUAAUCCCUUGCCGUCCCUGCUUCACUCCAAGCCCGUAUUUAAUUCCCUUAACCCCCAGCUGCCGUUCUGGUCCCUCUGUGAACACAACAGACUGUGAAGCGCUCCCGGUUAUUAAUAAUUCACCACACACUCCACGUCCACAGAUCAACCCGACCGUUUCUGCGCGGGCCAGACAAGGGUAGCGCGUUUAUUUUGGCAACUAACUCUUCAACAGGCUUCUUACAUUCAUUAAUGCCUUAUUUCAAACGUCAGCGCGUCGCCGCGACUCAUUUUGGCAACACAAAAGCCCGUGUUCCUCUUACGCAUCGCUUAUGAUUUCGCAAUAUCCACUUUGCCCCAAAAUGACGUCCUCUCCAUAAUAAUUGAUCGUGUAAUCCAUGCACCGAGGAGGAGGAGGAGGUCAUGAAGAUCACCGUGAGGAGGUCUCCAGUGGGAUGGAUGGAGAAUGAGCACCAGUUCAUCUAGAGUCCUUGUGCUGCAACAGCUAAUCUGAAACUACGUAGGCAGAAAGUUGCGGUCGGUGGCGCACGGCGCGAUCUCGGCUGAAGCCGCUGGAGAGACACCGUACACGGAGGGACGGUUCUACCGAACUCGUUCUGGCCUAAAGGCUUUCACAAAGACAUUGUAUUACCUGCUAGAAGACGGAAACGCGCCUUCACGCGUAAUUAGGGGAUUCCGGCCAAUGUACAGUUCCCGUGCGUAAAAGUUGGUGAUUUGUUUUGCGCGAUUAACGGGCCCGUCCCGCAAUUCGGUUCUUCAGCUUCCGGUAUCAACGAAGUUUCCUCUCCCACCACACUCUCUUUUUUUUCUCUCGGGGGAAAGUUUUUUUUUUCUGAAGGAGUAAAAUGGGUCUUUGAGACUGUUGGCAAUAUUCCCCGCUCCACAAUGGCCACGGAACCGUUCCUGGUGAAUGAAGACCUGUCCAGAGGUCCUGGAAUACCAGAGUGCUUCGUAGUAUCUGAUUCCUACAGGGAUGAAUUUCACCCCUUCAUCGAGGCUUUACUGCCACAUGUCCGCGCCUUCUCCUACACCUGGUUCAACCUGCAGGCCCGCAAGCGCAAGUACUUCAAGAAGCACGAGAAGCGCAUGACAAAGGACGAGGAGCGCGCCGUCAAAGAUGAACUGCUGGGCGAGAAGCCCGAGAUCAAGCAGAAGUGGGCGUCCCGACUGCUCGCCAAGCUCCGCAAAGACAUCCGCCCGGAGUUCCGCGAGGAUUUCGUGCUCACCAUCACAGGAAAGAAGCCGCCGUGUUGCGUGCUGUCCAACCCCGACCAGAAGGGCAAGAUCCGCCGCAUCGACUGCCUGCGGCAGGCGGACAAAGUCUGGCGUUUGGACCUGGUCAUGGUGAUUCUCUUCAAAGGAAGUCCGCUGGAGAGCACGGACGGAGAGAGACUGGUCAAAUCCCCGCAAUGUUCCAAUCACGGCCUGUGCGUACAGCCGCAUCACAUCGGCGUGUCCGUGAAGGAACUGGACCUGUACCUGGCCUACUUCGUCCAAACUCCAGAAUCUGGACAAUCAGACAACUCAAACCAACAAGGAGAAGCAGAUAUCAAGCCUCCGCCCAAUGGGCAUUUGAGUUUCCAGGACUGUUUCGUGACGUCAGGUGUGUGGAACGUGGCUGAGCUUGUCCGUGUGUCACAGACCCCAGUUGCUACAGCAACCGGACCCAACUUCUCUCUGGCCGACCUCGACAGUCCAUAUUACAACAUCAACCUGGGUCGCCGCUCCAUCACGUCCACACCAUCGACCAGGACUGAGAUGGAGUUGUAUGCCAGUCUCCCGCGGAGCUCCAACAAGCGUAAAUCCAUUGAUGACAGUGAAAUGGAGAGCCCGGUGGAUGAAGUCUUCUAUUCGGGUCGUUCUCCAGCACCAGGAGCGUCUCAGCCCAGCGGCUGGCCCAAUGAUGUUGAUGCAGUGCAACACCAUUUGGCCAGUAUGCAGGAGAGGAAGAUAAAACAUGAAAAUGAUGGCGUGCAGUUUCCUUACCAUGGGCUCUCGUCGCCUGGUUCUCUUAAGAAGCCGGGGAAAUUCGAUUUCAGCACUCUGUCCGGCCAUUCGAGGUCUGCCCGCAUGCCGUACACCCAUCACCCGCUGCCCAUGCUGGCAGGUGUGAGACCAGCAGGAAGUCCUCGUGCCUCAGCUUCUUCCCUUCACUUCCCCUCGCCAUCCAUCAUUCAGCAGUCCAGUCCGUAUUUCACUCACCCCACGAUCAGAUACCACCACCACCCAGGCCAGGACCCGCUCAAGGAGUUUGUCCAGUUUGUGUGUGCCGACGGAUCAGGACAGGCUAGCGGCCAGCCAAACGGGAGCGGCCAGAGCAAAAUGCCGGGCUCCUUCUUACUGCCUCCACCCCCCCCUGUGGCACGUCCAGUGCCCCUCCCAUUGCCAGACUCUAAAACCAGCAGCACGCCCCCUGAUGGUGGACUCACCUCACCCACAUCUCCGUCAUACUCCUCGCCAGGCUCCACAGCUCCCAACAGGUUUGUCAGCAUCGGAUCACGGGACAGCAACUUUCUGAACAUACCCCAGCAGACGCAGUCAUGGUUCCUUUGACGAGGUCCUGUCUGCAACAAGUCGACACCAUUUGAAAAAAAAAAAAAAAAAAACAUCCUAUUUGAAAAUCCCCCCGAUGUUCUUCUGACAUCAAACAAACCCUAAGAAACCUUAGCAGAAUAUUACCGGGAAACGUUCAGUCCUGUAUUUCCCAAUCGUCAGACACCCUUCAACUCCACCCCACCAGCCUCUGUUAAAAACUUCAGGAUCACAGGGAUGUUUCUCUCAAGAAUCGCCAGAAUGCAAAUGGCAACGGAGGAAGAACUUGAUGAACAGAGACAGAAAAUGUAACUAGGAACGAGGAUGUAGUGUACAAUGGCGGGGAUUAUCAACAGUAUCAGUGUUGAGGAUUCACAAACAACAAAAACGCAGGAUUUUUGGGAAGUAACUAACCCAUUUUUUGUUUUUAACACUUCAACAUGCUGAUUUUAAGCAUGGAGAAAACACUAAAAAUGUUAUUUCGUAUUCUAAAAGACCUCCAAGCCCCACACAUUUAGCAUUUUUAAAUCCGCAUUGUUCCCUUUUAGCAUUUGCAACCAAUUUAAGAUAAAUGACUAAGCUAAAAAUGUAUACAGGAAAUAAAACAUAGGUAUUGCACUACAAAAAUGUCAAAGAACACUAGUUUGAUGUGCACUAUUAAAAAUGGGAUGGACGGCGAACAUAAUUUGCACAUUUAUUUCAGAGAAAAACGACACUGACACACACUAAAGCUAGCCUGAAAGUCUCAAAGGCACCCCAUCAAAGGCACGAAUAGAAAUGGAUUGAUCAAACAAAUUAAAGUCCAGUUCAGGCCCAUUCACCCACAGUGCCAACUGCACAUCACAAGAGUUUAGUUAGUACCCCUAUAGGACGGGUAAUGCCAACAACACACAUUUACAUCCUGUCUGCAUGUCCAAGCUACAAUUUUGAAAUCGUAUUUGAUUAUUGAAUAUUUAUUUGGGGGGGGAUUUUUACAUUUAGGAA